AUGGAUUUGGCUCGUAAGUAUGCAUUUGGGAAGAUGUUGGUGAUUGGCUCUGAGCCUCCAUUUAAGGUUAAGGGCUUGUGGCUCUUCCGGGGACAAGAAAUUCCAAAAUUCAUAAUUGACGAGUGUUAUGACAUGGAACUGUACGACUGGCGUAAGGUUGACAUCACUGAUGAGGAUCAAAAGGAGCGUGUUAAUCAGAUGAUUGAAGAUCAGGAGCCUUUUGAGGGGGAGGCUUUGUUGGAUGCCAAAUGUUUCAAGUGA